GCCGAAGAUGUCGGCUCGGUCAUGUGAUCAGCUGUGUCCAAUCACAGCUGAUCACAUGUAAACAGGGAAAUGCCGGUUAUCGGCAUUUCUCUCCUCUCGAGCUGUCACGCUGACAGCUCAAGCGGAGAGGAGAUUCGGGGACAUGUAUGAUUAGUGUAGCCCCAGCAGUGCCACCUGUCAGUGUCCAUCAGUGCCUUGCGUCAAUGCUCAUCAGUGCCUCGUGCCAGUGCCACAUCAAUGCCACAUAUCAGUGCCUACCAGUGCACAUCAAUGCCACAUAUCAGUGCCCAUGUGAGCUGCCUUUCAGUGUCACCCAUCAG